CAUGCGCGCUCUGCAGAGGACGUUAUCCUCUUAUACACAUUCACAUAAACAUUCACAAAUAUCUAGCGGUGGAUUUAUUCUUCACACAUCAUGCAGGUGAAGAUGUCCCCGUGUGUCCUGCUCACUGCCCUUUUUGCCCUUCAUCUAGCUGUGGGUUGGGCCGUACCGAGUGAAAGAGAAGAAGCCCAGAUGGUUUGUUCCGGGCGGGAAUUUCGUCUGCCCGUUUUCUCGACAUCCAGAACGGUGACUUUUACACCAGACCCUGACGGACCAAGGCGCGUCCUGCUGGACAAAACCAUCGUGAGAGGAAGUUUGCUGGUGCUUGUUUGUUUGAUGUGUGUGUGUGUGUGUACAGAUUUCCAAAACCUAUUUACUGUACAACCGCAGGUAAAGGACCCGCGGUUCGAGUGGACCAGAGAUAAGAUGCUAGUCCUGAGAGAUGUGACUCAUGAUGAUCAGGGACUUUACGCCAUCAAACUGUUUUCUGGAUUCACCUACGAAGCUGUUCGUUUGACUGUUUCAGCAUGCAUUAAGUCCUACCGCAGAAACUACGGGGAGAACUUUGAGCACAACAUCCCUGAAAAUGGCUCGCUUCUGGAGUUUUCUCCCAGGGGUGCUCCACCUGAGGCCAUGCCAGUUGCACUGUGGAACCGGACGGAUCCUGAGACCAGUGAUGCGGGCCGGGGCCGGCUGCUGCAGGCUGGGAAGGUGUGGGUGGCAGAAAGAGUGACGCAGGCGGACCAAGGCAACUACACUGUGAGAGACGGCAAGGGGAAGGUCGUGUCCCGCAGCACCCUCACUGUCCGCGGGCGCUCCUUCAAUGUCACCCGCUUCACCAAGGAGUCUCUAAACCUGCCCCUCUUUCUCCCUGUCCCUCAUGCACGCCUCAUUUUUACCCCCACCCGAUACCCUGACGAAUCCUCCCUGGGCUCUUUUGACCCCAAGCCCCCCCGUGGCCCUGUGCAGCUGAUCCGCGAGGGCCAUAUAACAGACCACGACAUGCGCUACAGGGGCCUCAUCUCUCUGGGCAGGAACGGCACCAUCAAUGAGGUCGUCAUAGUGAGGCUGACUUCAAGGCAUGACGGACUGUAUGAAAUCAGAGAUGGGGAUGGCAACCUGGUAUCUGCCACCUGGUUGCAGGUUAUCGAAAAGGGAGGCAGAUGGCGAGCACUUCUCAAGUCCAUCACUGUCCCUUCUGGCAUGUUUGUGUCGCUGGCUGGUUUCCUCCUGUUCAUGAAGCGAUACCCAAACUGCAGCCUGUCACAGAUCAUCGCUGGCCUCCGAGCAAACCGCACGCCACCAGCCAACCCUCCGAGGGUCAACAUCCAGGACUACAGCCAGCCCAGCCCUCAGCCCUCAGGCUACUAUAGUCACUCUCAGCCGCCUGGAACACCCAGAAAAUUGACCCCAAGAGCCAGUCCUGCUCACUCUGCUUCCUCUCCGGUUAUAGUAGGAACUCCUAGAGCUGACAACCAGGAAGAACACAGAUUGGUGGCUAGGAGCUCCCCUCGUCAUAAUCCAACCACUGAGCGGGACACAUCUCACAACAACGAGGAAGAGAGAAGGAUUUCUUUUUCGGUGCCUGGGGCUUCAGACUGCCUUCACUCUUCUGAGGACUGUGUUCAAUUCCAGAUCAAGAAGGAUGGAGAUAAAGAAAGGUGGAGCAAAUUACAAGGAUACUUUUCCACACUGCCACUGGACACGGACACCUCUGAAUCCUGCAGUGUUUACACUUCGGAGAAACUGAACUUCUUAUAAAACAGAGAAUGGGAGCUGAAGGAAGAAGAAGAAACAUAAAACAUGGAGAAACUACAGUAUUGGAUUCUCAGAUGGAGAAAGCUGUUUUAUAAAAGAAAGACCUCACCUGUGCCUUUUGCAUCUUAGUCUAGUUUUACUAGUUUGGUAUCAAUAUUGCAUGUCAUUUUUUCAUGUCAUUUUUAUGCAGCAUGAGUUGAGCAUUAGCCUUCCUAUCUCAUAUAUUUCUUGACACUGUUGACGGUGCUUUUGAAAUCUCCUGCUGUUACCUACCUCCAGACCCUCAGGACCAGUAUGAUCUGCACUGUAUUUGCUGAGUGUUGGUGCGAGUAUGUUUGUGGUGUGAUCGCUAGGGCUACCUAGAAAUUAGAGUUGUGAUGGAUACAAAUAUUUGCAAAAGGGAAUUAAAUAAAUACUUAAAUACUGUACAGUUAUAGAGAGUUAGUUGACGUGUUUUUCUCCAUCCAUCAUGUUAACCAUUCCUAACUGCAACAACAAUUAAUUAUUGUGUUAAAUGUCUGCUAUGCAGUUCAGUGAUUGUUUGCAAUGAUAUAGUAUAUUUACCCUCAAGGUAAUUGUAGAAAUAGUUGUGUGAAAUAUGAAAUGUUCCACCAAACAUUGCAAUAGCCUAUUAAUCUGUAAACUUUGUGUACAGUAUAACAUCUUAUCACCAAAUCUUUCUAGUGACGACUAAGGUUGUAUUGCUGCUUGUGAUAUUUUUGGACUGUCAAAAUGUCAUCUCCUAAACAAUAAAAUGUAUCUUUAAGACACA